GAAACUAGAAACACGGAACUCAAACUAGCAAACUAGAAAACUGAGCCGGAAACAGAGAACUAGGACUUACCAGGAGCACGGAGGGAACACACAGGAUUGUGAGGUAUAAAGAUGCGACAACGGACAGAGGAAGGUUAACUCUAACCCUAACCCUGACGACUGACAGAUGGAAGCUCCUCAUCCUCCGACCACAUCGCUGCCAGGAAAGACGCCGGUGAACGAUGGUCUGGUCGAAGCAUGGAGGAGGAGAGAUUCAGCAACAGCGGUGUGGAAACGCCUACUUGCUGCUGCUGCUGCAUUGCGAAGAGUUCUGUCUCCUGCCACUGCUGUAGCUGCGGCAUGGAAGCCAACGAGCGGACAAGAUCAGCUCGAUCCCAGGCUUGGAUCGCCUCCUUUGCCUUGCCCAGAUCACAGACAAAAUCCAAAAACCCAGAGAGCUGGCGCAGGUAAGGACUUUGCCCGAGGUCGCCUCGAUGGCAUUAAGCCCGACAGAACUUGUCUGUGAAUCCGAGGCGUGGGUAACUUGCCUUACCAGGUACUUCUCUCGGGCUGAGUCUGCUGAGUCCGCUGGGUCCAUGUCGUGGUCGCGUCAUUCUGUGAUGGCUAGUGUGGUGUGACAGGCAGAAUAGGACCCAAAUGCAGGACUCAAAAACAAAGGAAUAAACCAAGGGAGGCAGCUUUACAACAUGGAAACACGGAACUCAAAACUAGGAAACUAAGCCAGAAACAGAGAACUAGGACUUACCAGGAGCAAGAAGGGGAACACACAGCAAUGUGAGGUAUAACGACGCGACAAUGGACAGAGGAAAACCCAGGCCUUACAUGCACCAGGGAGUAAUGAAGGAAUGGGAAACAGGAGGGAAACACAGCUGGGACUAAUCUGACAUAAUAAGAUGGGGAGGAAGCAAAACUGAAAACAGUGAACACAGAACACGAGACUGUCAAAGUAAAACAGGAAACAUAAGACAGGCAGAGAGACGCGAACUUCACAAGGAGACACGGCUGACAGGGGAGACACCGGAGAUGAAUGAACACAGAGACGAGGGUGACUCGACAUGAAGCGAGGAACACAGGAAAGACUGGUCCAGUGCAGUGACCCUGGAAUCACAGCUGUUCCCAUUAGUGUCCCAGCUGACACGGUCAAACUUCGUCUAGAAAAGACGCUGAUCUCCAAGGUGUCCAGGGCAGCCUUCUACAACCUGUCAGAGCUGCGGUUCUUAUGGCUAACUUAUAACUCAAUAACACUUAUCCACCCAAGCAGCUUUGUCAACCUGAAAGCCCUGCGAGAGCUACGUCUGGAUGGGAACCUCCUAACAUCCUUUCCCUGGGAGGGGCUCAGAGACAUGCCCCGUCUCCAGACUCUGGGUCUACAUAACAAUCGUUUGUCCAGUCUUCCAGCCCAUGCUGCUCUCUUCCUUCCUAACAUCACAUACCUGGAUCUGUCCAGCAACAGGUUGACUAUAUUACCUGCUGAGCUGCUGGAUCUUUGGUUUCCUCUUCCAGGACAAAGUGAAGGGCAAGUGGAAAGAAGAAUUUUGGGCCUCCAUGACAAUCCCUGGUUGUGUGACUGCCAGAUCUCCAUGCUGAUGUCUUUGUCCAUGACCCUGGGGAGUACUGUAGUCCUUAUGGACCAGUUGCUGAUGUGCAGUAAGUCUCUGAGUCAGUCAGAAUUGCUGCAGACCCAAGCCGAGCUGUCCCGCUGUAUGAGGCCUUCAGUCCAGCCUGCGGCCACCAGGGUAAUUUCCCCAAUGGGCAGCAAUGUAAUCCUACGUUGUGACGCCACCGGCUACCCAACGCCAACACUCACUUGGAUUAAAACCUCAACCUACACAAAUUGUUGCCAACAAGACAUCCUUGACAACUCUGAACAGCUGCCUAGGAUUUUGGAGAGUUUUAUGCAGGAAUCUCCGCGGGUGGGGGUUCGCUGGUCGAUUAUCAGCCUGAAUGGGUUAUCAUACAAGGAUGCUGGUGAAUAUCGCUGCCAAGCCCGGAACAUGGCAGGAAUUUCUGAAGCCCUGAUUAAACUGAAGGUCAUGGGAAUCACAAAAAUACCCCAUCUUCCAAAGAAGUCCAGAAAGAUUUCCUCCAAAUCCCCAUCAAAGUACAGGAAACCAUACCAGAUCCCAGCUAUCACCAACGCCCCCUCAGUGAAGGAUAAUCAAAUACUAUCAAGUAUCACACCAUUUUCCAAUAACCAGGCCAAGAAACCUCAAAGCCUCGUGACUUUUUUGGAGCAAAUGAGUACAUUAGAAAAUACUAAAUGAAAUCAGCAGAUGCAAAGAGAAAGGAACAUAAUAUAGAUCUAGUCUGUGGCUACUUGACAAUUCUAAUUUGAUUUUCUGUUGGUGAAGUUUCUCCGUGUUUGUUACAGAGCGGACGUCAUGGCGGUGGGAAAGAAAUGGAAAUAAACGUUACUGUUUGUAAAAGCUCAAGUGUUGCAGUUUGUUAAUGUGAAUUACUCACUAAAUAAAAACAUAAGAUGAAAAUGUGAGUGUUGUUUCUGGGAUGCAGUCUGCAUUUUUGUGAAAAACAAAGUUUUAUUCAGUUCAAAUUUCAAAAUGUGUGUCUGUUUGUGUUCUUGGCA